AUGGAGACUAGAGUAACAUCUGAUAAUUUAACUCCUACUCUUGAGAGAUUAAGGUUUGAUAAGUUUGUGGUAUCCGAAGCUAGUCGUUUUUCAGGAGGGAUUGUUAUGGCGUGGAAGUCGGAGAAAGUGAAUGUGGAUGUUAUCUACACUUAUUUUCAGUUCUUACAUAUUAAUUUGAAGUUUAGUGGUGGGGAAGAGUUUCUCUUUACUCAUGUAUAUGCUAGUCCAAGAGAAGAAAGGCACAAGGAUUUAUGGGUGGAGCUGCAUCAGUUGUCUUAG